AAAACCCUCGCCUGCUUUGCUUUUCCUUUGCUGCAUCUUCCUUUCCAUACAAGGAGAAUGAGGGUGGGGGGAAAGAGCUCCGCUAAGGUCAACUCCCUGAAGAAGAAAGAGAAGGAAAGAAAUAUAUAUAUAUAAAGGAUAACAAAACAGAUGUAAGCAAAAAGAAGAUGAAGCAGAAUACAAGUACCAAGAGGAAAACCCAACCCAAGCAAGAGUUAAUUGAAAAGGAUCAACCCGAACAAGAAUCAGUUAGUGCGUCGUAUUCUGACUACGAGGGCUUUGAAGAGAGAGUUGACAAUGAAGGUGAUGAAAGCGAUCACGAUCAAGACCAGAGUGGGAGCUCGGAAUCCUAACAGGGACUUGAAGACAGCGAUUCAUCUGACGAUGAGGUUGGUUGUUAAGCUUGUAAGAGCCAUUCGCAAAGGGUGGAUAAACCCUGACAAGCCUAAAGAAGAAGCACAUUGUGUCUAUCUCCUAUGGGGAGAUGAUUCCAGCUUGACAGAGAGUAAUAGGCACUUGGCAUACAUACCCCCACCAAAGCCAAAAUUGCCAGGCCAUGAGGAAUCAUACAAUCUGUCUUUAGAGUACAUACCAACUCAAGAAGAGAUGAAUUCUUAUCAUUUAAUGUUUGAGGAAGAUCUCCCUAAAUUCAUACCAAAAAGGUUCUCAUCCUUUAGAAGUAUUCCAGCAUAUGAAAAUGCUGUCAAGGACUCAUUUGAAAAUUGUUUGGAUCUGUACUUGUGCCCUACAGUGCAAAACAAACAUGUAAAUCUCAGGCCUUACCCAGUAACAUGUUACCUUGAGUAUAGAGGUCACCAGGGUGCAGUUACGUCAAUAUCUGUUAAACAUUCUGGACGGUGGAUAGCUUCAAGUUCAAUUGAUGGAACAAUUCGUGUGUGGGAAGUAGAGAGUGGUAGGUGUCUCAGAGUUUUGGUAGUUAGUGAAGCUGUGCAGCAUGUAGGAUGGAAUCCUUUGCUAGAGCUUCCUAUAUUGGCAGUUGCUUUGGGAGCUGAUGUAGUCAUUCUGAACACUGGGCUUGGGAAUGAAGGACAUAAAAAGAUCAAAGAACUUCUACAUGUUGAGAUGCCUACGGCUCCUAAUGGCUCUAGUCUGUGUGACACCCCAUCCAUUUUGAGCUGGCUUCAGGAUGAAAAAAAUGAGGGAAGCAGGCUAAGGCAUUUUAAGGUAUUUUCAGUUCCCUCUUUCGGGGAAUGAUAGCAUUGAAAAGCAAUGGAGGGUCUUUUAGGAAAAAAUUAAAGGAGUUUGGCUUUGCUCUUGAAGACUGUCUCUUGCAUAGAGUGGCAUCGUAAAUGAGACUAUCUAUCUACAGUAAUGCCAGCAGAUAUCCUUUUUCUGGUGUUGCAUUAUUAUAUUUUCUGUUCUUUUAUCAUAAUUAGAUAGGGACUGUGGCAAGUCACAAGUCUACUUGUUCCUUCCAGCGAAAUUUGCAUUUUUUAUUGGUCCUUUGUUGGUCCCAUUUUGCUGAAAUACAAGAUGACUGCAAAUGCUGUGGUCAGGCAUCAUCUACUUGGUGGCUGGGGUGAUUGAUAUACCUGGUGGUAAGGUGGUAGUCAUAUGUUAAAACUAAAGAUUUUCCUACUUGGUCCAAGUUAGUAAGUUUCACUUAUAAUUCUUGUGCGUGCACAUAUUUGAUUUAAUUAGUUUGAUGGAUUUUCUGAACUUGUUAAUUACAUGAAUCAAGAGCAAUACUUAUACAUCAGAUCUCUAAAAGGGUUACCCAAAUACUCCCUUUUAAGCACCAUGGAGUUCCAGUAUCAUCACUCUUUCAUCCCACUCGUUCUAUCCUUUUUAUUGCAACAAAGAAGACUGUUUGUGUAUAUGAUCUGCUGAUCUGCUGAAGCAACAGCUCAUGAAAAAGCUUGAUACUAAAUUGCGUGACGUAUCAUCAAUUGCAGUUCAUCCUGCUGGUAUUUCUCACUGGUUUUUCACAGAUUUAAUUUGUUAGCACCAUUUCUUGCUCCCUUUCCUCAAUUAUCCACUGAAUACAUGGACUUGCUUUCCAUGCUGGUGAUAAUGUUAUUGUGGGGAGUAAAGAAGGAAAAUUAUGUUUGUUUGACAUGGACCUUUCUUCCAAACCUCGCAAAACCCUCAAGUAUGUCAUCUUAUUUGAAACUAGAUAUAUUCUGUAGUUAUCUCAUUUAUCAAUGUAUUUCUUUUGCACUGCAAUUAGUUAACACAACUC